CAGAAACAAACGCAAAUUUCAACAGUGUUCAAUAUGGUGUUGAUGAAUAAAAUAGGUUGAUUUUAUUAGGGAAUUCAAAAUGGAAGACCUAUUAUUGAGUAUUGUUAAAGAAGCUGGAAAUGUAAAGCUCUACAACCUCAAACAACGAGCACAAGAAGCACAUGAUUUGCUUCUAUCACAGAAUUGUCUAUUGAGAAGUCCUUCGCACGAAUUAAGAUCGGUAUGUUUCGUCCCACUAAAAUUAUCAUUAGAAAGUAAGAAAAGCAAAUUGGUGUCUUCAGCUCUAUCCGGAUUUAACAAGCUAAUUCGAGACGAACGUUUUCAAUAUGGGACUGAACCAGAAGAUGAUUCUUUAUGGCUACCAGCUCAGCUACUUUUAGCCACUUCAUCACUUCUGUCACAAUGCGAAGAUACUCAAGUUCAUAUAUUGAGGGUAUUUUUAAAUUUAGCCUGCUCUACAAGUUGGGCUUUGAACGGAAGACUUGUAAUGCUAAUAUUAGGAAGAUGUGGAGAUGCUUACGACAUUGGUACUCAACCAGUUAAAGCUUCAGCUCAAGCUGCUGCAAGUCAAACUUUGACUGCAUUUUGCUCUUUUCUUGAUGAGGAAUGUGAAGAAAUCCGACAACAACAACAAAAACAUCUGAAUUCUGGUAGCAGUACAGAAAUGGUAUACACAAAAACUUCAGCAGUAGCUUGUUUUAAUGAAGCAAUACCAGUUAUGCAGUAUAUUUGCAGUAAACUCGAGGAAACGAAAGUGUUAACUAAAUCUACGGAUAUAAAAAUUUUUCUAUUAGAAUGUUUGUUAACAUUUGUUAGCACUUUACCUAAUACGGUACAUUCCAAUAUUCAUUUUACAACAUUUUUGUGGCAACGUUUCUGCCCAUCAUUAUUAGCCAUCCUUGGCACCCCUGGAGAUCCUAUGGUCCAUUCUUUAACUACAAGUCAGGCUAAAAUUAUAUACAGCAUUGGAAUUCAGGUAGUUCGACUUGUUGGCCGAGAAAGGGCUCUUAGACCAGUACUAGAAGCACUGUUUCACAGAAUGCUUUUGUUACCUAGUCCUCAGAAGAGAUUGGAACCGUUAAAAGCUGUUAAAGAGCUAUUGCGCUCACCCGGAAGACUUGCCGAUUUGCUUUUGUUAAGUGGACCGAUAUUCCGCCACGCUGGUGACGAUAUGGCAAUUAUACGAUUGAUUAUGGAUUCGAUUGAGGAGUCUGCCCAAUGCAAUGAUACCAGUGUGUUACUAGCCAGUGUUGACUGCGUAGGAGCCCUUUUAGAAACACUGGAGGCCUUGUGUAAAGGCGAAGGACUAAAUCAUGAGUCAGCCGAGAUUACUAAUAGUCGAUAUAUAACAUUAAAACAAGCAGAUUAUUCUGGACCUCUAACUUACGAGUCCAUGGCUAGACUUCCCAAACCAUACAGAGACGUUGUAGCAAAUCUGAAGUAUCACAGUGAUUCUGAUAGUAGUGGCAUCGAAGGAAAUAUUCCGGAAAAUGAAGGUGGUACAGAGUCUGAUUGUUCUGGAGCUACAGAAGGGCCUGAAGAUAUUAUUCUUUCAGACGAUAGCAUUAUGGAUGAUGAAAGUUUUUUAACUAACCAAGAAUUACAGAAGUUGUACAAAUUACCAAGAUCGUUUAACUUGGGUCGACCUGGAACAGAUGAAUGCAAUACUGAUAUCGAACGGCAUAAUGCCCGAUAUUUUGUCAAAACUUUACUACACUCUCUCCUACCUAAUAUUUUAUCACUUAGAUCAUCAAUACAGGUAGAUGAAGUGCUUCAAGAAUUUGCUUCCAAAUGUUGCCAACAUAAUUCUACACCAAAUUAUGAGAUCUCAACAAUAAUGAAUGCUGACGGCAUUUAUUUAGCUACAUACUCAGCCUUACUUUUAGAUUUGAAGUUAAUACAAUCUGGACAAUACGAAGACAAAAAUAUACCAGUUCCUAUAACGGAAGACCAAUUUGUUGAAGAAGUUCAUGGAAGUGGUGUUCUUGUGUAUGUUUCAGCAACUUGGUUGUGUGAAUUGUACCAAAACGUCUUGUCAAAAUCAUUAUUAAUAUCUGCUGGAUACGAUCCAACCAGCUCCUAUCAACCAGCCCUAAUCAAUAUGCUGACUGAUAUUGGAGGUCUUUCAGUAUCUCAGCUUCUUACCGAUUGGCAAAAACUACAAAGAGUCCAGGUAUCAACUGAAACAAAUCCAGAAAUAGAAGCAGGAAUCAAGCUAUCAAGAAGAAUUCUAACUUGUUGUUGGACCUCUGUUAUAUCUGUAUUAGGUCUACCCUUAGCUGAAAAUACUAAUUCGACUGGUACACCAUCAGCAUUGAGUAUAUUGGUUGCUAGAAGAGCUCGAUUAAAACACAGACAGAAGUUAAAAGAUGAAAUAACUUCUUCUUGUUUGGAAGGACUUCAUAAGGUGGCCAGUCUUAGCAACGUUUUAAAACUUCAAACUAAAAGCAGUAGUAUACUGGCAUUACUUUCAGCCUCAUCUUGUAAAAACCAGGGAAGUAAAUUGCUAGCAUCGCAUGCAUUGUCACUUGAUGUUCUGCUAUCAAAAGGCUUAGAGUUAGGAUGUCAUAGUUCAGCAUGUUGGCCUCACGUUUUUAGCGCCUGUAUAGCUGUCUCAACAUUAGAGCAUUCAUUGUUUAGUAAAACUGGUUCAACGCAACUAUUAAUGGUAGCUCAAAAUCCGCAAAACAACGUUAUAACAUCUACAACUCGAUCAGGUUCUCAAGAAAAAUUACACAUGCCAUUUAAUGUCACUGGAGAUGAAGAAACGGUAGAUAUAUAUAGUUUUCUGCAUAACUCAAGUCAUAGUGAUAUCAACGAUACCAGUAUAUCGGACAUUGUAGAAAAGAGUGGUGCCAAUAAUAUCCAAGGACAAUGCAUGUUAAGCGGAGUCUAUGCUGCCAAAAUUUGUUGUAUAUUAUCACAGAAAUCUGACGAGCUUUUUCACACAGCUGCCUUAAGGUUGUCGUUACCAGGAUUGUGUAGUUUUCUUACAGAGCUAUGCAAAGCGUCUCAUAUACAGCUUUUUACCAAAUAUGAAGAAUCUCCCAGACAACAAAAAAAGUGGUGGAAGAGAGAACUAGAAAUUCAACAAAAACCACCAGUGACGUUGCUACUACAUCGCAUUGGAGAAGUAACACUAAAGUCUAUAAAAUCUGGUAGACCAUUAUUACACAUUAUGAAGAUAUGGUCCAUCGUUGGUCCCCAUUUUAUGCAAGCUGCUUGCCACAAAGAAAGAGCUAUUUCAAAAAAGGCUGUGACAUGUAUCCAUGAUGCCGUGACGACUCUCCUAAACGAACAAGCUGAAUUGCCUCAUUUUCACUUCAAUGAAGCUCUUAUAAAGCCUUUUGAAAACCUGCUAUGUUUAGAUAUGUGUGACAUGGAUGUACAGGAUCAAAUUGUUGCUUGCCUUUGUGAAUUCGUUGAGGCAAACAGAACAGAAAUUUGUUCUGGUUGGAAACCUCUUUUUGGAACCCUAAGAGUAGCAAAUACAAGAAAUAACGCAGCUGCAAUUUUAGAUGUAUUUAAAAUCUUUCUUUCUACUGAUAAUACUCUGGUGUUUGCUAAUGCUGCGUUAGACUACAUCCUUUGUCUUCUUUCGCAUAUCAAAAAUUCGAACGUAGAAGAAACGUCAGAGUCAACACAAAAUACUACGCAACAAAACGACUGGAACAAAUCUAUGUUUUUAGAAAAAGAACCAGAUUUUCCUUCGAAAUUGCUACUUGGGCCAGUAGAUGUAUGUAUCGAAUCGUUAAAGCUCCUUCAAAAAUGUGCUUCCAUAUUAUCAGUCAUCUAUAAUAUGCCCAAAUGUCCCACUUUUAACUUAACGCACAGAAUAAACAUAGAAACGAAUCCACAAUUAGUAGAUCCCGUUUUACAGAAUUCUGAGAUUAACUACUUUAACCAAGUGAAUUUCAGUAAAGUUAAUUAUGAUGAUCUCUCGAUCAAAUAUGAUCUUGAAAAUUGCGAAAAGCAAAAAAUAACCUUAGGAAAAAUGGACAAGCAGAGCAAUAUUCUUAAAAUCUACUAUAUUUUACUGGAAGGUCUAGCAUCAGCAUCUACUUUGGCUGUUACAAAGAAUCAGUCGUAUGUUAUAGAAACUUUGUUUAAACUUAUAAGAGAUUUAACCAAAAACCCAGGUAUCAAUUUCGGAUUUUACUGCAUCAAUCACAUUCUUUUACCUAUGGUUCAGAAUUGGUUGCGACAAAACGCAAACAUUCAAAAACCUGGAGAAGUUUGGCAAAAUUUUAAACACUGUUGUGGAUUAGCUAGCGAAUUAGUAGUAGACUACUUAUAUGAUCUACACAAAUCAGAUGCGAAUUUAGUAAAUGAAGAUCAUCCAGGCGCAACUCUUGCUCUUAAACAGCUUCUCCUGAUUCUUAUCGAUUGCAUAUCUCAACCUUCCGAAAACAUAGCUCGAUUGGGAUCCUCAUGCAUGAGACACAUUAUCCUAAGCGCUGGAAAAAUUCUUUCUAUUCGACAGUGGGAGAUAUUAGUCUUAGCUUUACAUCGAGCUUGUGCAAUAAGCUUGAAUCCCUUGUACCAACUAUGCUUGGUCUUUAAAGAAAAUUCUGAUAGUUUCUAUGGAGAUCUUGCUACUGUAAAAGUGGCUGCAAGGAAAGAUACUGAUUUAUCUGAAAAUGAAAGAUUGUAUGAGUUAGCUCAACAAGUUUUUUCGUCGCAAUGUCAAACGCACUGUACUAAUUGCCAGAGGAAACCCUGCACAUGUGAUGUUAGUAAAGGAAAAGUGACUGAAGACAGGAACUUUGUGUUUUUGUUAUAUCCGUAUAAUUCAAGUACUAUUAUUAAUCCAGAUUUGUAUACGAUCAGAGUACCAUUUAAAAAUUUGGUUGUUGGAAUACUGGCUCAUCAAAUGUUGAUUCAAACGGUAUCGAGUGUAUUAUUGCAGAAUCUCAACCAUAUUACACCUAUCUUAAAUAUUCUUCAUAUAAAUUCAUGUAGCCUACGAGGAAUUCUAACUACAGUGAAUGCCAAACACGUUGAUAUCCUUUUAAAAUGUUUGGAAAUGUCGAAUAUGAGAGCUGCAGAAUUCGAUGUAAGACCUGGUUUAAAGUUUCUUAUACAAAAGGUUGGUAAUUUCAAGAAAGCUGCCAAUUUGUACGUCCAAGCGAAUACGUCUGAAGUGGUUCAAAUUAUAGUCCUAAUUGAACUAUGCCUUGACGGAAUCGAGAAAUAUGCGAUUGAUCCGAAAAAUCUGAGAAAAAUUUUAACUCAGGAGGAAAAACAGAAUUUUUUGACGGAUUUGGACUAUAUAGAAAAUUUUUUAAAGAAACUUUAUACUAAAUGGAAUAAUCUCUGUAGUUCUUACAUGAGUCUUACUAUUGCGAUACCAGAAGUAACAGAUGAACUUAAUAAUGAGCCGUUCAUCUUUACAAAGCAUUUAAAAACAGAUUUCAAACAAGAAGAAAGUGAUAACGUUAGUAUCAGUACAGAAACCGAUAGUUACUUAGAAAAAGACAUAUUACCGGACAUAAAAAGUGAUGAAGCUAUUAUUUACACCAACGAAUCAAAUAAAACAUGGUUGCCCAAAAAGGAAAAUUUAAAACAAAGGAGUAACAGCGCCGAUAAUUCAACAGACGAUGAAACGAAUGAGAUGGCAGUCAGAUAUAACAAACUCACAUAUAAAAGCUACAAAACUGAGGUAAAUGCCAUAAAGUACGACAAAAACACUUUGCUUCAAAUGAGAAAGUCAACUAUAUCUAGUGAUAAUAUAAAUUCCAUAUACAACAAAUCGCAUGAACUACCAGUUAUGACUACGGACCAAAAACGAGUCAAAGAUGAUUCGAUUAUAACAGAUAACAAGCAAGUUUUGGAUUCUUCAUUUGUUCCUAAUAAUAAUUUGUCAUCAACCCAACCUGUACCAGCCGAGAUUCUACAACAACGAAGUAUAAGCAUGUUUAAGGAUCUGGAAACAUAUAAAACAACUCGAAUCGAGACAAUGGAAGCCUGUUUGGAACUUUUGACCAGUUUAUCGACAGAAAAGUUGUCUCCCCUGGCGACAGUGUUAAAAGAUGGAGCUGUUUCACUAAUCGGUGCCCAAGACGAAAAGAUAAAAAAUUCUACUGAGAUUUUGCUACAAAGAAUGAAUAUUUCGUAUGUUGAUCACGAUAAUUAUUAAAACAUGAAUGUGAUAAUAUAUUUUUGGAAUCUAAGUUUAAAUUAAAUGUGACCAUUUUCUUUAAAAAUAAAUAGCAACAUAAAAUAA